AAGUUUUGUUUAAUGAAGAAAACAUGAAUAAUUAGUUAAUUACUAAAUUAAAUAUUUUACCAGUUAUUGGAGAUUUAUGUUAUGAAUCAUUUAUCUUUUGUGUACAUCUCAAUAUAAUUAUUAAUAAUUCGGUAUUUCAUUAAAAACAGUUAUUUCCGCUUUAAACAUGACCAACUUGAAAGUAGUAAUUUUACUUUUUCUACUGUUAAAAUUCAAAAAUUCAGAAAAGAUCUGUUCAAGUGAAGAACAUUGUUCAAAUUUUGAAACUUGUACAAUGGGUCAAUGUAGAUGUCUAUUGGAAUUUGGAGAAGAAAUUUGCAACAACAGAAAGAAUCUGAUUCUAAGAAAAUAUAAAAGUAUUGAAACUACUCAUCAUAAUAUGAUCAUUCUCAAUAUUUCAAUUAUUCAAUGCUUUAAAAAUUGUAUAGAAAAUAAACAAUUGGACUGUGUAGGAGUUUUAUUAAAAUAUGAUAAUUCAUCAAGAAUUUCUCAAUGUCAACUUUACAGUGAGAUAUCUUUUCCAUUGUCAACUGACUAUGUAAAUUCUACAUUAAUUAUUCGAAAAGGUAAGAAUGCAUAAUAAAAAGUAAAAUGGAGCAUGUUUGUUGUUGUUUAGACAAAAAACUAGGAGUUUGCGGUUCAAAUUCAAGUUUACCACCACCAAUGGAAGAAUGUUAUACUUUAAUUUGGUUAGAAAAUGGCUGCUUUACAGAAUUGUUUAAACCUGAUUCAAAUGAGAAAUUAAUGACCAUUAAACAAUUUAAUAAUUAUGCUGGAGAAAUAUUUCAGUUAGCUAAAAAUUUAUAUGCAAGAAAUUCAAAUUCAGAAUUGUAUAGGCUGAUAUGCUUUCAGCAUAUUAGUGGGAGUAAGAAUAUGGCAUUUAAUAGCCAAGUUUAUUAUGUUGGAAAAUAUGAUAGUGACCUAUAUAAUCCAAAGAAUGUUGUUGAUGGUAUAUUCAACAAUGAUAUAUCAUUAGGUUCUUGUGUAAUAUUGAAACCAAGUAAUUCAUUACAAACUAAGCUUACAAUCAAAUUGUCAGGCUAUCAUUUUAUUAAUAAAGUCAUUUUAUGGCCGACGAACGAAAAUGUCAAUCAAUUGUUAAAAAUUUACGUAUAUUGGCCUGAAAAUUUAUGCGCGGACAAUAUUCAAGUAAACAAUGAUUCAUCAACUGAAGUUUUAUGUAAAAAUUUACAGAUAAAAGAACAUAGUCACGUGACAAUUGAACCAAAACUGGAUAAUCAUCUCCAUCUUUGUGAAAUAGAAAUAUUAUCAAAUAAUAUAGCUUAUUUAAAGCCUGCUAUAUCUAAAUAUACAGUUGGUUCUAUGCAAACAUUAGUUGAUGGUUCUACUACUGCGAGUCUAGAAAUAAGAUUAGGGAUUAACUAUUGGAUUGCUAUUAAUCUCUUAUCCUACUAUAAUGUUUUUGGUUUAGAUGUAAAACCUAAUUUAUAUAAUUUAAUUUACUUUAAAAACUUUUAUAUUGAAUUGACAAAUGAAAAUCCUGCUUUAGUUUAUAAUUCAACAAAAUCUACCCUGUGCGCAAAAAAGAUCUUUGAUGUAAUAAGUUUGGAUGAUUACUAUUCAUUUAUGUGCUCAAAAGGAGGUGUAAAAGGUCAAUUUGUUGUAUUUCGUUCAACACAAACGCCCUAUGAGAAAGUUGUAAUAGGAGAAAUUAAAAUAUUUGGAUAUUAUUUAGCACCUUCUAACCAAAUAAAUACUAAUAUCUUACUACAUAAGCCUACAUGGGCAUCUGAUACUCUAAAUCAUUAUUACGCCUAUUUACUAACAGAUGGAUUCUAUGAGGCAUAUUUUCAUACGCUCAAUAAAAAGAAACCCUGGGCAAGGAUAGAUAUGCUUGGAAUAUAUAGAUUGUUUAGAAUAGCUAUAGCAAAUAGACAUCAGAAUUUUGCAAAUAGAGCAAGAUAUAUCAGAGGAUUAGUAUCAAACUAUCAAGAUUUUAGUAUUGAUUAUCAAUUAUACUAUUCCAAAAUAUGUUUCAUUAAUAAUGACGAAUUUGAAAGUGGCGAAUAUAGAUUGUGGGAUUGUCAGCAGCCAAAUCCAAUUGGUCGUUUUAUUAUAUUAUAUCUUCAUUCAGAUGAUCAAUAUUUUAAUAUUCUUGAAGCUGAAGCUUAUGGUGAAGAAAUUAUUGAUGAUGAUUUAUCCCUUUUACCUCUGAUUAAAAGUGAUAGAAAAGUUGACAGUAACAGCUUUUCCAAUAGAGAUACUAAUGAACAGUUCCCUUUAAAAAUCAUAGAUGGUUUAUCAGAAAAUAUUGAAAAACUAGGUCAAUUUCUUUCGUGUAGUGGAACUUUAACAAAUGAUAACAUAGAAGGAAGAAUAACCGUUUAUAUGAAUGAUCUAUAUAUGAUAAAUCAAGUUGUUACUAUUCUUUCGCUUCCUCUCCUUAAAGAAAAUUUUGAAAAUGUUCAAGUUGCAGUUGAAAUUUUCAAUACAAUAUUACAAAGGCAAAUUUGCUCUUUGAAAAAUGAUUCACAAAGGGAGCAUUUAUUAUAUGAAUGCAAAUCUGUUGGUGAUAGAGUAUCAUUUUAUAAAAUUGGUGGAAAUAAUAUAAUGAAAACUUGGGCACAUUUUCAAAUGCCUCAUAUAGAUAUUCAUUAA